UCCUUUAUCGUUAUUGAUCGAAUCGCGAGAAAUGUAUAGGAAAUAUUUACAAGUUCUUUUAUGUUACGUUUAGUCGAUAUCUCUGCGUCAUUUCCCAUAUACGUAUCUAGGUGAACUCUGUGUUCUAUGCCAGGGUCAAAGAUGUUCAUGCAAUAGUUAUAAAUUCAUAUACGCUCUGUGGAAGGUAACUGUAGUUGAAACAUGUUACGUGACAUGAUUAAUAGUUAUUUACAAUGGCUAUGCAAUUAUUAUUGGGGAUCGAUAAACGCCCAGGAAGUGAAAGAAUACAACUUUUACAGUGUGAAUAAGACCCUCAGCUUAGUAUGUUUUUUUACAUUUCACUACGAGAUAUACUUUGCACAGGAUGAGUUUCAUUUAUGUUUUCUAUUUUAUGUUAAUGUUGUAGAGAGUUAAAAAAAUUAAACAGGAAGCUCCUGAAGGACAGAUUAAACUAUUUUCGCAGUCUUCUUUUUUUUUUGGAAUCUGGUGUUAAAAAAUAUUUGUGGAAGUCGAGGGUUAAGAUGUUUAAUUGCAAAUCAUGUGGAAUUGGAUAGGAAGUGAUUUGCUUAAAAUAAACAAACUUCCUUGAAUCGCUUCAGGAAUUGUGCAAUGAUUACACGAGGAAUUUAUAAUGAUGUGACAAAAUUACGGUAAAUCAUUAUCGAUAAAAGAAUAAAUUAUGCAAUAAGGAACGAGAUUUUUGUGAAAGUAUAAUUAUUCAGGAAUCUCAGAAUUGGUAUUCGUUGAUUAUAUUCGUGUAAAUUUUUAAUUAAUUGCCAAAGGCAAUCGUGAUAUCUUUAUUUUCUCAUCAUUCCACCAUGCUAUCGUUAUCUAAUUGAGUUAUUGACAGCUAUCAUAAAAUGAUAAUCUUUAGCUCAAGCUACUUCAGCAGUUAAAGUACCGUUAUAUUGCAACAAUAGAAAGCUUAGAGUUAAGCGAAAGAAGCGCGAAGAUACAAAUGGAAAAAAAGGGGGCAGUAGAAGUUGAGUGGCGAUUUCGAAUCCUGCGGCAGUAGCGAAUCGUCGCGUGGGUUAUUGAUCCAACCAAUCAGUCGAGAAGAAACGGGUGCAGGAGUGACAGUCGCUCGGAAACCGGGAUUGGCUAAUUCAAAUAUUUUUCUCUCCUAUAUAAAUAAACGUUGAAUUUUUCUCUUGUGCAUUUCGUUAAAUGGAUGAUAGUGAGAAUCUUUGGUAAUUUACGAAAAAAAAAAAAGAAAAAAAAACAUCGGAACGGGUAACUGAACAUUUUACUUGGAUAAUUACGUUACAGCGGAUCAUGUCGCGUUCGAAAGUAGUUAUUGAAAAUAAUUUGAAACCGUCACAAUUUGGCAAAUUGGCUUCGGGCGGGGAUGAUUUCGAUGAUAUAUACGAGGAUCCGUUAGAAAAAUCAAAACCGUCCCAACCGAUUCACGGAGCGUCGUCUGCUCGGACAGAGGAACGUUUUAGAAACGAACCAGAAGUAAUGGAGUUCUCUAACGCUAGAAUUUCACGUGCUAAUUCGGAAGUGCCAGCGACCAGUUCAAAUGAUCAAGACAAUUUUCAUCCAGAAAGUGAAAUCGCAGUUAACGAAUCGACGGCCAGUGACAAGCAGGAUAAUCGAAACUCCAAAGUAUUCAGUGUAUCGAUCGUGGAUAAUCGAAACUCGCAAAGGUUCGAAAAUGCCGUAGAAAAUAUCGCAGUCGCAAACAACGAGACAACCUCAGGAAGUAAGGAACUUCUCACGGAAAAUCCGGAAUCCGAAAAGACUAAAAAGCAGGACAAGGCCGACAUUAGCUUGAGAACCAUCAUCGACAUUGUCAAAUCGCUCGAUGCAAAUCGUUACGCAACAAAGAAAACAAUUGCACAGGGUAUGCUGGACAUUGCCCUCCUCACUGCCAAUGCAUCCCAGCUGAAAUACAUAUUGCAGGUCGGAACUCAACAUGAAUUUUAUAUUUUGAUGCUGUCGCUGAUAUGCGUCUCCAUUGGAUUGCAGGCCGUCGUGGGUAUACUCUAUCUAAUCGUCGGUGGAUUAGACAUCAAUCGCGAGAGGGAUCAUCGGGCCGCCUUGAUUCUAAAUGAUCUGAUCCUCGUCGGUGUCUUUCUGAUCAGUUUGGUGAACGUGCUGGUUUCCGGUUUCGGUAUGGAGCACAGUAAUCAGCCGCUCCAACUGCUAACACACAGGAUGGAGAGAACGGAGGAAACGUAACCAAUAAAGAAAAGACAUUCAAAUCGAGUCGUACGAUCGGGCCGUUUGCAUUUCCGAGUCAUUAAAUAAAAAUAAUCAAUAUAUCGUCAAUCAUUACGAGAUAAGAUUCUGGGAGUCAUCUUGGGUGUGUUGCUGAUCAUGCUGGACCUCAAACGGAACGAGACUGUUCGACGAGUCCAAUUGGCUAAUCACGCCGCUUUGGCAGUCGCCACUGGCGCCACCUUUUGCGACGUCGUUAAAAUGACUUUCGGUUUCGAUCCUGCUGUACCAAAAUUAUCCCAUUUCAAUAUUUCCAGAUCCCUGUAAUCUUAUAAUAUCCAUUAAAAAUCCAGAUGAUGUCUCCAUUAUUUUUUUACUUUAUAAUCACCAUUAUUUUCGGACAUUGAACCAUUUUUAUUAUUUAUUCUAUUAUCAUGGUGUAAUUACUUUGUUUAAUUAUCUUUAGUUGACGCUCCCAUUUAUUAUUAUUUCUUUUUUCUUUUUUGUUUCCGUUAUCCAAUAACUCCAUCAGCUGAUCCAAGGUAUUAUUUGCGUCCUGCUGGGGUCCUCUCUUAAUAUAAACAAGCAACAAGAUCAAGGGAAAGCCAAUAUAUGGAACAACAUUUGUUUGACGUUGAUGGUUUUGACUGUUGCUGUCAACGCUGUUAUAUCCGCAUUUGACAUGCGUGGUACCAACAGUAUUACGUCCGGAAAUACGCCGGCGGCAAGUACGCAAGCUUCCGGUGUCCGAUAAUGUGGUAUCGGGAUACAGUUGAACCAAUGUGAUUAUUUUUAUUGUAAAUACCAUAUAUCAUUAUAGGCGAAUUCAACACAUGUGCGUACAACAGCAUAUGUAACGUUGUAAACUUAUGAGAAAACAUUUUUGAACUAUUAGUUAAGAAACUGUAGCUAUUACUCGAAUACGUUACAAAAAAAUGACUGUCAAUAUAAAAUUACGAAUAAUUGUUAAAUAUGACGUAUUUUCUUUUUAAUGAAGAUGCUGAACUCGUUUAAGAUGCUAAUCAGUAUACAUAGAUAAGACAUUUUUUUGUUUAGAAAAAUUUAAUUCUUAUUUUUGAUUACUGUACUGUAUUUCGCCGUGAUAUAUGUCAGCUUAAAGAUAUUUAAAAUAACCAAUCUUAAUGAAAUGACAAGAAAAAUAAACCUAUAUGAUUUUAUGCUAUAAGCAUAUUUUUUCUGCUUUAAUCAAAUACGUAUUUAACAGUUGUUGAAUUUGAUGAUUGAUCAUUAUAUUCGAUGAAUUUGUGCGCAACUAAUAGGAUUUUAAUGCGACAAAGAAAAAUGUUGAUAUUUAAAAAUUUUUUUCGCGCCCUUAUUAUUCUAUGUUGAAAUUUUCCUGCGAUCCAGUAUGCAUCAUUUCUUUCCGCCUGCAAUGAUAAUGCAACAAAUUAUAACAUAAACAUCUGUCAAUAAUUGCUAACAAAAUAAAAGUGCAAAAUGUAUUAUUUA